GGGAAAACAAAAGAGAGAAGAAGAAAUUAAAGUUUCUUUUUCUCCUUCACUUUCUCACACACACUGAGACCAUAACAAACACACACACAAAAAAGCUCGGCAAAAAAAAAUCAAAUUCCGGGAAGAAGACGCCGGAGAAAAUCGAAUCAAAUAGAUGAAGAUGAAGCGGACUGCGUCAUCGAACUCGGAAGCACAGAGUUACAACGAAUCACCUCACUCUCCUCUUCGAUUUCAUUCUCCGUUAUCAGAUGCCGGAGAUUUACCUGAAAGCCGUUACGUUUCUCCUGAGGGAUCUCCGUUCAAAAUCGAGAAUCCGAAGUCGAUCGUAGCUGGUAAUAAGCUCACACAGUUUUCGCCUCUUCCCUCGCCGAUUCCGCCUCCUCCUCCUCAGUUUCCGCCGCCGCGGCGUCAGAGGAAUGCGAGAGUUCCGAUGAAUUCUUCUUCGGAUAAGUCUCCGUCGUCUAUGGUGGUGCACAAUAGCUGGGUGAGAGAAGACGGUGGACAAACUACGACGAGAAAAGCUGGAGCUCCGAUAAACGGAGAAGAAUCGACGAGGACGACGGUGAACAGAGCGAGAGGAGACGAUUUAGUAAGUUUGACGGCGCUAGGGUUUAGAAUUACCGAAGUAAUUUUGUGUGUGAUUUCGUUUUCAAUCAUGGCGGCUGAUAAAACUCAAGGAUGGAGUGGCGAUUCUUAUGAUCGCUACAAAGAGUACAGGUAUUGUUUGGCUGUGAACGUUAUAGCAUUCGUUUACUCUGCAUUUGAAGCUUGUGACGCUGCUUGCUACAUCGCAAAAGAGAGUUAUAUGAUCAACUGUGGAUUUCAUGACUUAUUCGUUUUCUCCAUGGAUCAACUUCUUGCAUAUCUUCUAAUGUCGGCUUCUUCAUGUGCUGCGACUCGAGUUGAUGAUUGGGUAUCUAAUUGGGGCAAAGAUGAGUUUACUCAAAUGGCAACCGCUUCCAUCGCGGUUUCCUUUUUAGCGUUUGGAGCGUUCGCGGUCAGCGCGUUGAUUUCUUCUUACAGGCUCUUCACUCAUGCUUCCUCCUAGUUGUGUUGCCUUCCCUUAAACCAAAUGUUACUCUAUAUCUAUGUACAGUCUCUCUUAUAGCUUAGAAUGGUAAUGUGUGAUACAAGUUUCAAAAUAUUAAA